GUGCACUUUGCGCCUUGCUCUGCGUCAAAAUGCAAAAUGUAGUGUCGACCAAUAUUAUUGAUGUGCUGAUGUUUUCCGCUUUUAAACUGGAUUAAUCGAUAAAAUUAGCCAUCUGAUCAACAACUGUGUGAUGCUGCAAAACGAAAGCAGCGAAUUUUUCGAGGACGGGUCAAGGAAAGCUGCUCACUUUCACCGGUAGAUCGAGGCAGAAGAUGCGCCUAUAAGUUGUUUGCACUGCGUAUAUUUACUCCCCGAGCUUGAGUCGUUGUACAACAACAUUGGAGAACGCAGUUUGCCGGUCUAGUUGGCUCACCACAGCUUCAAAUGAAGAGUAAAAUGAGUGGAAUGCACUCCAACUGGAGUGAGAUGUUCCCCACAAAAGUCAGCGCCCUGAUUUUUGUCACCUACAUGGGCCUGUUCAUAAACCAAGGAAUCUUGGUGACUGCUUCUCAGAGCUCUACCAGCGAAUACAAUUACAAUACAGUUACUGUGGUGUUGCUGACUGAAGUUCUCAAACUGUUCGUCUCAAUCGCUCUCUAUUGCAAAGAUGCCUCCUUCCCGUCUUUACUAUAUGAAGUCAAGAAAUAUUCCAGAGUGAUGAUGCUUUACUUUGUGCCUGCCUUUAUGUACUGCCUGUACAAUAACCUGGCUUUUGUUAAUUUGGCUACCUAUGACCCGACAACAUACUAUCUGUUGCUGCAGUUUCGCGUUGUAAUCACUGGAGUAGUAUUUCAAGUCUUGUUCAAAAAACAGCUUAGCUGUAAGCAAUGGAUCUCGCUUCUGCUGCUGACGUUGGGGUGCAUGAUUAAACACAUUGACAUUGGCAACGCUGGCCAUGAGGCCACCAAAGGUACUGACAAGAUUGCAGAAUCAAGCUUCAGCAGGGAAAUCAGCACACUCUUCAUCCUUGUGCAAACUGUAUGCUCGUGCUUUGCGGGGGUGUACAAUGAGUUCCUGCUAAAGGGCGAGGGAGCCCAGGUCAACAUCUACGUGCAGAACGUGUUCAUGUACAUCGACUCGAUCAUCUGCAACGCAGGCGUGCUGAUGGUGCAGGGAAACCUGCAGGAAGCUUUCCAGCCCGACGCGCUAGCGGCCGUGCUGCGGCCAACGGUGCUCUUGAUCAUGCUGAACAACGCAGCCAUAGGAAUCAUCACCAGCUUCUUCCUGAAAAAUCUCAACUCGAUCGUGAAAACUUUCGCUAGCGCGCUUGAACUCAUGUUCACAGCUGUAUUUUGCUGGCUCCUCUUUGGCAUUCCAAUUCAUCUGAGCACUGUGCUCGCCAUCGCUGUGGUCUCUUACUCUGUGAUGAUUUACUCACAAAAUCCCGUCGUCAACCAGACCCCCACCAGCACGUCCGCACAGUCCCUCAAAGAGCCCAUGAUCAAGGAGCCCUUGAUCAAGGAACCUUUGAUCAAGGAUCUUGAGGAGGUCUAGAUUCCUUUCGCCAAGUAUUGUUCCCUCCCUCUAUGUCUCGUUGGUCAGUAGCUAGAAUGUUGCUCAAAUAGCUGAAACUUAAGCCUAAACUAUGAGUUUGUAAAUUGCUCCUGUCAAGUGGUAGAAGAGAUUUGCCUUAGGGUAUGCAGUUUAGUUGUAUCCAAAUACCAAAGCCAUCUCUAGAUUUGUUAAAAUUCCUCUCUGGUCGGUUUAUAAUAUACAUUGAAACUUUGACACGCUGCUCAAAGAGUCAGUUUGCAGUUGAAGCAUAACAAUGAUACUAAUUUGUGGUUUUCAAUUAUUUUGUAUUUAAAUUAUUCAAUUGGAAUAAAAAUUUUAAUAGGACCAUCAGCAAAAAAUUGCUUUGGAUACCACUGCCUAUACCAAAGGUGAAUUUAUAGUGGGAUUUAUUUGCCUCACCAAUAAAUAUAUACACACACCAUACUUUUAUCUAAUUUUUGAUAGAAGUCUACAAGUCUUAAGUAAUGUUCUGUUUGAGCAACAUGCCCCCGCUUUUGCUGCUGUGUGGUUCUAUACACCAUCAGACCUUGCUUACUAUGCUUGCUCCCAUACUGCAUAUGAGGUGGAAUUUUCACCCCUAAACAAGUCGUCUAGCCAUAAUUCAUGGAAUUUGAUCUUUACAACUUCAUAAUACUAUACAUUAUUAUGAUAUAUACGAUAAUUACUACUCUAUAAUCUUGAUAAACCCAUUGGCUCCUCGCGCAAGUGUUUUUUACCGUGAAAUCGAGACUUUCGGUAGCUGGUGAAUUUACUGUUGCAUUGCUGGGGAACCUCGAAUGCCACACACACUCACCCAAUUUACACAGGAUACACACUUUGCUAGAAUAAUAUGCACUCAAUACACCCCAACUUCCUUUGAUAAUCAAAAUUUUUACAAAUAUUGCAACACGUCAAGUUGUAAAAAAAACCAAAUGAACAAAUAUUGCCAUCUAGCAACGAGUUUGGUAAAUGUGCAAAUUAGAAGAACCCUUUACUUGCAGGACCGUUUGAGUGCAAAUUAUUGCAAAUGUUUUGCCCCAAAAACGUGUGAUUAUAUUAUGGUUAUACACAUCCAUGUCAUGUUACUUCAGUACAUAGAACCAUAACUCUGUAAAGCUUUCGAAUUCACUCUUCUCACGUUCUCUCAAUCCAGUCCAAAACUAAAAAUUUUCACAACCUCAGGCCUACUGAACCCAAGAACGAGGCUGAAAAGGAAGAAUUUUGUUCCAAAUCAAGUGCAUUAUUGUCUGACUUAAGGCUUGCAACUGAAGAUAUUUAAGAUUUAAUAAUACUGUAAGGUUGAGAAGGAUAAACGGCGCGUAAUUUUUAACCAGGAGGAUUGCCUGAAUGCAAAAGCUGACUGGUUUCAGCAAACAGCGGACGUUUGCUACGAGUGUUCGCGUUUUUAUUGAUCGGUAGUGAUGACAAGGCAAUACUAACACUUCUCUCUUCAGCUGCUUGGAAUCUCAUUUUGACGAACUCAUCUUGUGCCAAAUAUGAUUUCUGUCCUUUGCCCUGACCAACCGUUGUACAGCAACCCAAUAUAGCCACACAAAUUCAUUCACGAACUCUCUUUCACGCAUCAAACUUAAAAGAUUAGUGGUAACUUUAAACGAAGAACUCGAUGAAUCAAUUGUAUGCUGUAACUUGUUUCUACUUACUUAUCGCACACUUCUUACUAGAGAUUUGAGCACAAAACUCAAACUAAGAGUGGAUAUUCACGUUUAAUGCUUGGUAGUUGUCGAGCAUAAUAAUUGUAGAUUCUCAAGUGUUUCACUACAAAUUUGUUAUCCGUCUAUUCCAAGUCAUAAUUAUUUAUUUUCAUGUACAAAUAAUGCAUUAAUUUUUGCGUUUGUUUAAUUUCUCAGAAAUCUCGAGCAUUAUCAAAUGCUCAAACAGAACUCGCAUCCUACACUCUAGUCGAACGUUGUUUUACUUUUAAGAUACUGUCAGUGAAAUACUGACUCCAUGUCAGUUCAUGCUAAACCAAAAUAAAUUUGAAAUGUUAAAA